UCUCUUCCAUCGUCCAAAAUGCGGUGUACAUCUGGAAGCCGGGCGCGCUCUUUGGCGGGCAAGGGAUUGAACUGACGAGGAACUUGCACGAAUUGACUGAGAAAGCGCGGGCGGCGCAGUUCACGGAAUUGAAAAACGCGCAGUGCUUAUGGAUGUGUCAGGAUCGAAAUCGACAAAGUCGAAAAAUUUGUGAUGCGUAAAAUGUAGGGCACUGGAGGGCUGUAUUGGGUAGCAGGCAAAUGAGACCGAUUGUAAGCCUGUUUAGGGGUAUGCAGUGUGCUGCCAGAGUAGCAUGACAGGAGCAGUCUUCUUUGCCCAAACAGCAUGAGAAACUGGCUUUCGAUGCUCCCGAAAUAAAGUUGUCUUGCGCCGCUUGCACACUGAGGCUCCAACUGGUAUUGGUCUUAUGCAUCACAAGUUUUUCGAUUUUGUCGAUUUUGAUUCUGACACUUCCAUAGUGCUACGGACUGGCGAAACUAGGG